UCGUUUAAUUUUUUUUUACAGAUUUUUCAUCCACCAUGUCCUGCCUUAUCUGUUUACGCGUUAUCCACGACGACGACGACACGGCACAAAAUUCUAUCCAGAAAAUGAGCAUUUCAACCCUUUGCAAACUCAAACUCUUAGCACCCAUCAAUAAAUCUGAAUUUGACGAUGAUGACGAAACGUGUAACCUUUGCACCGACUGUUACCCUCUUUUCGCCAGAAUGGAAGAAAUUAAGACCCAAAUUUCUCUCCUGGAGGAAGAAAUCUUGUCAAAAGUUGGUCAAAUCCAGGCCACAAUUUUCCACACUGCCACCCAACUAGAAAAUUAUGGGGAUAACGAUGAAAGGCAAAAAAUUACUCAAAUUCGUGCCAUGCUCCUUCGUGUGGCAGGAGCGAAUGCAGAGCCACAUGACGAAAAUUGCAUGUCUGACGAGGUCCAAGUCAAAAUAGAACAUGAUGACCCUGCUGAUGCUGAUGAUGUUGAUCCCCUCGGCGACGUGGUCGACCAAUUCGCGUGCGACGAUAAUUUCGCCUCCCAGGGAAUUAGUGUCGAAAAAUUAGUGACGAAGAGAUGGAUGGUCAAAAUACCGAUGACGAUGUCGACAGUGCCUUUUGUAUUACUCCUACUAUCCUAAAGAGACCUAAAAGCACAGCAAAAGUCAUGACAAGAACGCUCGGCACUAAACGAAAGCGGGAAGAUUCUCCCUCUUCUGAAGAAGAAGAAUCAAACAUAAUUUGGACGCCAUCCUCCCCCCGCAUCGAAACCGCACUAACCGCUCCACCCACAGGGGUCGAACUCGAAGAAACUUUUUCACCGAAUCCUUCAAUCGAAAAAAAAUCUUCUUUAACAUCAAGCUCAGACGAGGAUACAAGCUCUGAUGACGACGACAACGAUUCGACCCCCAAAAUCGAGCCCGACGCCGACAUCAGCAAACCUUCAGACGAUAAUCAAACUGACAUAGUUUACACAUAUGACAUCACUCGUCCCCACAAGUGCACCUUUUGUCUUAAAUACUUUCCCACCGAGGUCAUGGUCAGCGGUCAUAUCAAACAUUACCACAGCGUAGUCUGCACCGUGCCCUUAUGCCCGGCCCGGUUUAGCAACAUAAAAUCGAGGAAUGACCACUUGAAGCAGACUCACGACGGGCUCACCCCGUAUCAGUGCCAAAUUUGCAAGAAAAGGUUUCUUUUCGAGGGCAAGCUCGCUGCGCACAAGGUGAUGCGCCAUGAAGAAGGCGAGAAGAAGUUUUUCUGCGCCAAAUGCGGGAAAGGUUUCUGCCUCGAGGAUAAUUAUGCGAGACAUGUCAAGCUUCAUGAAGUCGAGGGGAUAAAACCGCUAGUUUGUGACGUGUGUGACGACCGAUUUGAAAAUGAGGCCCGUUUACAGCGACACUUGAAGACACUGACGCAUUUUAACCCGUUCGAGUGUAGUUUUUGUCCUAAGCGGUGCAUCAGUAAGACAGCCCUGGAGAGACAUUUACAUACCCACAGUAAAGAAAAAAGGGAAAAAUGUCCCCACUGCGACUACACCGUGGGCGAUAAGGUCACCUUGGAGCGCCACAUCGCCCGCGCCCACACCGCCGGCCCUUCCACGCAUAUUUGUCCCCACUGUGGAAAAGGGUACUACCACCGCUACGAUCUUACGGACCACGUGAGAGAGCGCCAUGUCGAUGGACCGCCACGACCUGCGCCAAUGCGACAAUGUGACCUUUGUGGCGAAACAUUUUCAGCAUUUUCCACCUUCCAAGCCCAUCUUGUCAAGGAGCACGGCGGCGACCCGUUUGUUUGUGAUCAAUGCGGAGCCAGACUCGUAUCGAAGGCAGGGUUGGACCGACACAAGCAGAUCCACGAGGGCGACAAAAAGCAUAAAUGCCAGACUUGCGGCGUCUGUUUCGUCCGCAAGAUUGAACUAGCGGCGCACAUGGGAACCCACCGCACAGAGCGACCAUUCCCCUGCCCCCACUGCGCAAGAGCUUUCAAAACAGGUGGAAGAUUGGGUCAGCACGUGAGAGAUAGUCACACUCCGGGCUACGUCAUCCCCACCCACAAAUGCCCCCAGUGUAGGAAAGAAUUUCGAUUUCGUAACAAGCUGGACGCCCACAUUCGCGCAAUUCACACGGGAGAGCGACCCUUCACCUGCGACCAGUGCGGAAAAGGGUUCGUGAUUAAUUCGGCGCUAAGACUGCAUUUGAGAGGAGCACAUGGCGUCGCUUUGGAGUCGAAAGAUAGACUGCGAAGGUCGAAAAAGCGUGUGGUCCAGAGAGGAGAUGAAGAAGUGACUACUUGAAUAUUACAGAGUAUUGUUAAAUUUUGAUUUUAUGAUGAUAUUUAUCGUUAAUUUUAUAUAAUUACGCAACCGUGAUUAAUAUUAUCUCCGUUACAUUGUUACUGAUGUACAUAUAUUAAUAUGGAAAUUAUGAAAUGUACAUACAUAUAUCUAUGCAAAAUUGAAUUGCGUAUUUCUGCAUAUAUGUACUUGCCAAUUUUGUAUACAAAUAUAUUAGUGCAAAUUA